CCCUCCGGCAGUUGCUAGGCGGCCGUUUGGUGCGAGCAGGGUGAGGCGCUGAUUGGCGGAGUCCGGACGAGGCGGGUGUCGAGUCUCGCCGCGAUUGGGCCACAGGGGGCGGACCCCGCUGAACUGUCCGCGCCGAUUGGACUCCGCCGCACCAGAAGUGCCGCCGCGGCGGACAGAGCGGACGGCACUCAAAAGCCGGGGCGCAGCUCAUUGGCCGCGGCCGGCAGCGUGUCGCGCCGCGAGGGGAUUGGCCCGGGACCCGGCGGCGGCGGCGGCGCGCGAUCCGAGGGAGGUCGGGGCCGGCUGCAUGGGGCGGCGGCGGCGCCGGGUGGACCGGGCGGCCGCGGCCGGGGCCCUGCCCGCGGCCAUCGCCGCGCUGAGUCGGACGCUGCCCGGCGGGCCCAGCCCCGAGACCUUCCGUCGCGCCAAGUUCGACCGUCCGGAGGCGGCCCCCGCGCUCUGGCGGCUGCUCUUCUGCGUGCUCUCGCCGGUGCCUGCCGACGGCGCCGCGGCCUCGCCCGCCCCGGUGGCCCAAGCCCGCCUGGUGAAGUCGGAGCUGCGCUCCCAGGGCUACCCCAGGGGGUCGCUGGCUCGGCUCCCUGAGGACGGCUCCCAGGGCAGCCGCGAGCUGCUGCUGGCCCUGUCCUGGCUCCUGGCCCGUGGGCCCCUGCUCGAGCAGCUGCUGGCCCAGACCCGCGUGCGGCUGGGCGACGAGAUGCCAGUGUGCGAGUGUGAGGCCCUGGCCAGCCCUGGCCCACCUGCACCCCAUGUGGAAGCAGAUGGCUGUGUGGACGUUCGCCACCUGCAGUGGCUGAUGGGAAAGCUGCGGUUCCGGUGGCGAAACCUGAUUGCCAGUCAGCAGGAGCAGUGCGCCCUCCUGGGCAAGAUCCACUCCUACACCCGCGGCUGCCACAGCGACCACAGCCUCGGUCACCUGUCUGUCGCCGAAGCGGAGCUGCUCAGGGACCCGGAGGGUGGCCGGCAGCUGCUGCAGAGGCUGGAGAGUGAGAAUGCUCGCCUGGAGGCGGCCUUGGAGUGGCGGCGCCGGGAGCUGGUCUUCUGGCAGUGGAUGGACACAGUCCUGGGCGCCUGCCCCCCAGACGCCUCACAGCCCACGUUUCUGCCCAGGAUCCCCGCGCGGGGGGCCAGUGAGUUGGAGCUGGUGGCUCAGGAGCUGCAGGCCCUGCAGGAGGAGCUGCGGAAGGCGGCGGAGCCCCGGCGGGCGGCCUGGGAGGCCAGGGUUGGAGGCUGGGGGCCAGAGUGGAAGGCCGCGCAGCGGGCCUGCGAGGAGGCCGUGAGACAGGAGCUGGCAGCUCUGCAGCGAUCCUGGGAGCACGGCGGGGGCCUGGCCCAGCCCCAUGGGCCCCACCGGCUGGUGAGGAGUGAGGCUGGGAUGCUCGGGGGUCCGGGCCUGCCGGCCGCCGAGGUUCCUGAGGUCGCCGCUCGGGAGCAGUGGUGCCCUCGGGACAGCAGGACAGGUCCCGCUGCGCCAUGCCCGCGGGCUGAGCGCCGCCGCCGCAGGGCCUCGUCCCGCCUCGCGUGGGGGCCGCGCGCGCCCAGGCCGAGGCCCCGGCGGCCCACCAUGGUGCUGCCGCCCCCGGACCGGCGCCACGUGUGCCUGACUACGCUGGUGAUCAUGGGCAGCAUGGCGGUCAUGGACGCGUACCUGGUGGAGCAGAACCAGGGCCCGCGCAAGAUCGGCGUGUGCAUCAUCGUGCUGGUGGGCGACGUGUGCUUCCUGCUGGUGCUGCGCUACGUGGCCGUGUGGGUGGGCGCCGAGGUGCGCACGGCCAAGCGCGGCUACGCCAUGAUCCUCUGGUUCCUCUACGUCUUCGUGCUGGAGAUCAAGCUCUACUUCAUCUUCCAGAACUACAAGGCGGCGCGGCGCGGCGCGGCCGACCCGGUGGCGCGCAAGGCGCUGACGCUGCUGCUGUCAGUGUGCGUGCCCGGCCUCUUUCUGCUGCUGGUGGCGCUCGACCGCAUGGAGUACGUGCGCACCUUCCGCAAGCGCGAGGACCUGCGUGGCCGCCUCUUCUGGGUGGCGCUGGACCUGCUGGACCUGCUGGACAUGCAGGCCAACCUGUGGGAGCCGCCGCGCACCGGGCUGCCGCUGUGGGCCGAGGGCCUCACCUUCUUCUACUGCUACAUGCUGCUGCUGGUGCUGCCGUGCGUGGCGCUCAGCGAGGUCAGCAUGCAGGGCGAGCACAUCGCGCCGCAGAAGAUGAUGCUCUACCCGGUGCUCAGCCUCGCCACCGUCAACGUGGUGGCCGUGCUGGCGCGCGCCGCCAACAUGGCGCUCUUCCGCGACAGCCGCGUCUCGGCCAUCUUCGUCGGCAAGAACGUGGUGGCGCUCGCCACCAAGGCCUGCACCUUCCUCGAGUACCGCCGCCAGGUGCGCGACUUCCCGCCACCUGCGCUCUCGCUGGAGCUGCAGCCGCCGCCCCCGCAGCGCAACUCGGUGCCGCCGCCCCCGCCGCUGCAUGGCCCGCCGGGCCGCCCCCACGGGCCCUCGCCCACGCGCGACGCCCUGGACACGUGACAGGGCCCACACGGCCCCUGGGGACGCCCCCGGGGCGCCGAGACUCGAGACUCGGGGCUGGCGGGGUGCGAGUUUUGCAUGGGAUGGGGUGGGGGCGGGCUCCCCACGGGGCCAGGUUCGGUGAGUGCCGGUGCCGGGGCCCGCGGCCGCUUCUUCAUCUCAGGAAUCCCUCGGACCACGGACCCUCAGCCCCCGCUCCGCCAGCCCACCCCAGCGCGUGGGCCAGUGUGUGCUGCCUGGGCUGGAGCGGAAGGGGCCCCACCCCUGCCUGCUGGGGGCCUGGGUGGGAAGGGAGGAAAGAGUGGGCGGAGGUCUGGUCCCUUGGGGUCUCUCGGUGGGGGCCUCUGGCUCAGAGUUUGGGGCCAAGGAGGCCUCUGUCAUUUUAAAGAUUCGUGUUUACAGUUUUGUAUCCAAAGUCACACUGCUCUGUCUGUUUGA